UACUAGGAGACGGGACGCAGGGGUCGGCCAUCUCGGCGCUGCGUGGCCGUGCGCCUGCGCGGCACCGAUGGGCCAGGAAAAGGCCUCCAGUCGGAGCCCUGAGAGGCGGGCCGGCGGCGGUCCACGUCGCUGCGUGCUCGCUCGGGUGCGCGCGCACGAUCCGUAGUCUCCGCGAGAGGGCGUGUCGAGACAGGUUAACACCAAAGAACAUCAGUUUGGUCUUGGGGCUCCAGUUUCUGAAGCUGGAAGAAACCAGAAUACUUUCCAACUAGAACAAGAAGUGAGAACCCAAGAUAGAUUCAUCUCUACACUGAAAUUACAGGUUGAAGAUCUCAAACAGACAAAUCAUGACUUGGAAGAAUAUGUUAGGAAACUCUUGGAUAGUAAAGAGGCGGUAAGCACUCAAGUAGAUGACUUAGCCAACCACAAUGAGCACCUUUGUAAAGAGUUGAUUAAACUUGACCAACUAGCAGAGAAAUUACAAAAAGAAAAAAAUUUUGUGGUGGACACUGCCGACAAGGAACUUGAAGAAGCAAAGAUUGAACUCAUUUGCCAGCAAAAUAAUAUAACAGUACUAGAAGAUACAAUCCAAAGGCUUAAGUCCAUAAUUUUAGAGACUGAAAAAGCACAAAAUACAUCUCCUUCUAGACUGGAUUCCUUUGUCAAGACUUUAGAAGCAGACAGAGAUUAUUAUAAGACUGAAGCUCAGAAUUUAAGAAAAAUGAUGAGAAAUAGAUCUAAGAGUCCAAGACGCCCAUCGCCAACUUCCCGGGCUGCAAACUGUGAUGUAGAGCUUUUGAAGUCAACUGCAAGAGACCGUGAAGAGCUGAAGUGUAUGCUGGAAAAAUAUGAACGUCAUUUGGCAGAAAUCCAGGGCAAUGUCAAGGUUCUCACAUCUGAGAGAGACAAGACCUUCCUCCUUUAUGAGCAGGCACAGGAAGAAAUUGCUCGACUUCGACGAGAAAUGAUGAAAAGCUGUAAGUCUCCUAAGUCAACCACAGCACAUGCUAUUCUUCGUCGGGUAGAGACGGAGAGAGAUGUAGCCUUCACUGACCUACGAAGAAUGACCACAGAGCGAGACAGUCUGAGAGAAAGGCUCAAGAUUGCUCAAGAGACAGCGUUCAACGAGAAGGCUCACUUGGAACAGCGGAUAGAGGAGCUGGAGUGCACAGUUCACAACCUUGAUGAUGAGCGCAUGGAACAGAUGGCAAACAUGACUUUGAUGAAGGAAACUAUAACCACUGUGGAAAAAGAAAUGAAAUCAUUAGCAAGAAAGGCAAUGGACACCGAGAGUGAGCUUGGCAGACAAAAAGCAGAGAAUAAUUCUUUGAGACUUUUAUAUGAAAACACAGAAAAAGAUCUUUCUGAUACUCAGCGACACCUUGCUAAGAAAAAAUAUGAACUACAGCUUACUCAGGAGAAAAUUAUGUGCUUGGAUGAAAAAAUUGAUAAUUUCACGAGGCAAAAUAUUGCACAGCGAGAAGAAAUCAGCAUUCUUGGUGCAACCCUCAAUGACCUGGCUAAAGAAAAGGAGUGCCUGCAAGCGUGUCUGGACAAAAAGUCCGAGAACAUUGCAUCCCUUGGCGAGAGCUUGGCAAUGAAAGAAAAAACCAUUUCAGGCAUGAAGAAUAUCAUUGCUGAGAUGGAACAGGCAUCAAGACAGUCUACUGAAGCCCUCAUUAUGUGCGAACAAGAUAUUUCCAGGAUGCGCCGGCAGUUGGACGAGACAAAUGAUGAGCUGGGUCAGAUUGCCAGGGAGAGAGAUAUCUUGGCUCAUGAGAAUGACAAUCUUCAAGAACAGUUUGCCAAAGUCAAACAAGAAAACCAGGCACUGUCCAAAAAACUGAAUGAUACUCAUAACGAACUCAGUGACAUAAAGCAGAAGGUCCAGGACACGAAUUUGGAGGUUAACAAGUUGAAGAACAUAUUGAAGUCUGAGGAAUCUGAGAACCGGCAAAUAAUGGAACAACUCCGAAAAGCCAACGAAGAUGCUGAAAACUGGGAAAAUAAGGCCCGCCAGACAGAGGCAGAAAACAACACCCUCAAACUGGAACUUAUCACUGCUGAAGCAGAGGGCAACAGAUUAAAGGAAAAAGUUGAUGCCCUUAACAGAGAGGUUGAGCAAAUGGAGAAUGAGCUGGACUCAGCGCGCUCUGAAAUCGAACUGCUCCGGAGUCAGAUGACAAAUGAGAGGAUCUCCAUGCAGAAUCUGGAGGCUCUGCUGGUGGCCAACCGGGACAAAGAGUACCAGUCUCAGAUAGCGCUGCAGGAAAAGGAGUCUGAGAUCCAGCUGCUGAAGGAGCACCUCUGCCUAGCCGAGAACAAGAUGGCCAUCCAGAGCAGAGAUGUGGCACAGUUCAGAAAUGUUGUAACACAGUUAGAAGCAGAUUUGGACAUUACCAAAAGGCAACUCGGGACAGAACGGUUUGAAAGGGAAAGGGCUGUCCAAGAACUUCGCCGCCAGAAUUACUCAAGCAAUGCUUAUAAUUUGGGUCCAAUGAAGCCAAAUACAAAAUGCCACUCACCAGAGCGUGCUCACCAUCGAUCUCCUGACCGAGGCCUCGACCGAUCAUUGGAAGAGUAAGUGUGCACAGGGCCUGGAGUGUAGCCAUGUUCACAGUGAGAUUUGAGGAAGCGAGGAAACUGAUACUAAACCUGGUUAAUAAGACAUGGUAACACCAAAAAUAAAGGGUUUUCAUCUAUAAAUGAGUUUUAUAUGAAUAUUGUACUGAAGUGAAAUAGCGCUAAGGGAUUCCCGGUACUAAACUGUAAUAGUGCUUGGUUCCUCCCCUCAUUUUGUAAUAGUUGAAAUCAGAGCUAAGGUCUCACCAUGCUCGGCAAGCACAGAGCCCUGACCUGGGUCAUCAGCCUACACAUCAGCUGUGUGGUCAAAGUCGGAAUUCUUUUACUUGUGUGUUCUCAUGUACAGUUAUUAAAUGUGGGUGCAUUGCUAUUGUACCAUAGAAUAUAUAUGC